UUUCUCCCGGUUUGUAUAAAUAGAUUUGCAAUUACCCGACUGCUCCCAGUUGAAUUUGAGCUGAGUUUCUGAACAGUGCAACAUGAGAUCGUUUUUGGCGUUAAUUUUUGUUGUGGGCAGCUUGUUGUUUGCCGCUUCAAAUGCGCAGCAGAAUUACGAUGGAAGAAAUGGGCCCCAUGAGUUCGGAACACCUGGAAAUGGGGUGUAUAUUCGGGGUCAGAAUGAAGGACCCUAUACGGUGCCCGGCGUGGAAGGUACCUUCCAAAACUCACCCUCGAGUGGACAACAUGUUUAUACGGAUGAGCAUGGCAAUACAUACUCUCAUUCAUCCUCAACAGUCCGGAGUUUGGCCUCUUCACCUUUGGGUUUGAGCAUGGGCGGAGUCCUUAUUAUGCUGUUGAGUUUCAUUACAAUCUAAUGGCAGUUUAAAGUGCCAGUAACCUAAUUGAUUAAUUAAGCACAGCUGAAAUUUGAUCAUUCGAUUAUUUGCAUAAAUAAAAAGGUGAUAAGGUCAUUCAAUAAAAA